AUGAACACUCUGGAGCUCAGAAAACGGAUUAGCGCUCUGAACCGAUCAAUUUCCAUCCUUCAAGACCAGCUGCGCGUGCUCGAAGCAGAGAAAGCGGACCUCGCGACCCUGCUCUGUCGAUCCACGUACCCCGUCGAAACCCUACCUCCUGAGAUCAUAGCCCAGAUCUUCAGUCACUAUAUUGCUGCGCUGGACAAACCCACUCUGUCCCCGGCCUUGCUCGGGGUGUGUCGGACAUGGCGGCAGGUCGCAUUGGGCACCCCGGGGCUGUGGAACGAUAUCUUCGUGUCCAGUGAUCACCCGCAGCCAGACGCACUGCUGGAGCGCUGGGUGGAGCGCACCGGACCCCACAUUCCCCCCGAUCUCGACCUCGACCUCGACACGAUGCCGCGGACGAUGGAGGCCGUGCUGGCGGUGCUGGGUGCGCACGCGUCGCGCUGCCGGCGCUUGGUGCUGAGGAUGAGCAUGCCGUCGACGUUCAGCCUGGCACCGGGCAGCGGAUCCGGAUCAUGGGAGGAGCUGGAGGAGCUGGACGUGUUCGUGCGCUCAUACUGGGGUGCGGCGGUGCUUAGCCCUGUGACGGAGCUGUUCUGCGCGCCGCGGCUGCGCCGGGUGCGCGUGGACGGGUUCCCCGCGACGGAGCUCGUGCUGCCGUGGACUCAGAUCACGUCCCUGACGCUCCGCAAGCAGUCCCUCGCGCAGUGCCUCAUGGUUAUCUCGCAGACGCGCCAGCUGGAGGUACUGCACGUGUCGCUGACAAACCUAGUCACCCGCCACCGCCCGAUCUCGCUGGUGCUGCCUGCGCUGCGGCGGCUCAAGAUCUACCGCGAUGUGACGCCAUCGAUCCUCGAGUACAUGACCCUGCCACAGCUCACGGACCUCGACAUCGGAGGCCAUGUCGACGGGGUGAUCCCGCUUGUGACGCGCUCAGGGUGUACGAUCACCCACCUCCGCCUGUCUCGCAUGGGAACGGAAGAAGACUCCAUUUGCGCAUGCCUCGGAGCGUUGCCGGGGUUAACGCACCUUGUGGUGGCGUCGCCGAGCGCGGAAUUCUUCUCAAAGUUCUUGCAGAUCCUCGCCGACCCUUCCUACCACACGGAAGACCCUCCAGUGGUACUGAUCCCCAUGCUGCAGUCAUUGGUCUUGAAGAAUUGCGAACCUAACCCAGGACUUAGAAGCGUCCUGCUCUUAAUCGAUACGCGCUGCAGACAGCGGGAGGGCUCUGCGUUCCCCACGGCCCUGCUGCGAACCUUUCGUGCGACCUUCUGGGCAGAAGAAUACGACGAAUACAAUGACGAAGACGAGGAUGAGCAUAUCAAGGACUCGAAACUCGCCAUCAAAAAGCUGAUGCGCGAGGAGAUCUCCCUCCAACUCGAUAUGCCUCAGUCCUGGCAAUCUCACGAUUUGAACUGGCAUAGGGUGAGUGUCGGCCUGUUCUCCCUACGAGUCUCAUGUCUGCAGAUUGAACGAUUGAAACGGCUGGACUGA